AUGCCAGUCGACACCACGAAAGAGCUAGAGCUAUCUCACCUCGACCAACAACCUCACAUACGCGUAUACGGACGCUAUUACAUCAUCUUUCCGUUCCCAGACAUCACUUACGCGCACGCAGCCAAAGAAGCGCUACACACGGGCUUCAAGGAAGUCUUGCGACGAUUUCCCUAUCUUGCCGGCACGGUAGACAUUCCCGACCCCUCUACGGAACUUCUUCGAGUACGCUACCCCGACCCCAUCGAUCUCGAAGCGGAAGCCCGUCGCGUCUUCACGGUUAGCUACGAUGACGCACAACACGACUACGAUGCUCUUGCCGAAGACGCGUUCACACCCGGCGAGUUGCCCGCUACCAUAUUUUGCCCAAACGAGUUGAAAUACCACGCUGGAUUAGGCAACGACCCAUACGCCGAGAGGAUGACUUCAUUGCAAAAAGGUCCAGUUCCAGUUUUCGCGACCCAGGCUACAUUCAUUCCUGGAGGCUUGGUGCUGAGCGCCUGGUUCUAUCACGCUGUUCUUGACGGGACGGGAAACGCAAGGAUCCAGAAAAUAUGGAGUGACGCAGUACGAGCCUUGCAUCCUCAAGCGAGCAAACCAUUGCUUAGGGCGAUUAUUAAUGAGUGGAACGACAUUCCAGACCCGUCAUCAGCUCGAAGCGCACUCGCAACGCUGGUCCAAGAAGCCGGUGUAGCAGACAACUUUGCAGAUAAGUCAGGGAACCCGCUACUUGCCAAGCGUUACGAACUGCGCAAGGGACCGGACGAAGGACUACAAAAGGUCAUCACGAACAUGUUCCGCUUCUCAUCGCCAGCUCUCCAAAAGCUCCGCAAUCAGCUAUCGACCAAGACCGGCAGAAAGAUCUCUAUCUUUACCGCACUGUCAGCGAUUAUCUGGGGAAACAUUGUACAUGCUCGAUCGACAUCGCUAGCUGCUUCAGGCAACAAGCAGUCAACACUCGCCGUCGUUGUAGAUCUUAGAAAAUAUCUUCCGCCUCCCUUUUCAUCGCCGGAUUAUCUCGGAAACCUCGUACUGUCUGCCCUACCUACCCUCGAUCUUGAGAAUGGGGUACCUGACUGCGUAACCUCGCUGCGAGAGGAAGCACCCCAUGCUCCAGACAACUUUUUUCCGGCAAUGACUGUUCCUGCAGAUCAGCAGAGCUUUUGCCUUGAGGACCUUGCAGUCAAGAUCACAGAUGCUCUGCAUGCUGUUGAUGCGGCGUGGGCGAUUACGCAAAUUAACAGCGUUCUUACUAACCCCACCGAAGCCCAGCAAUCUCUUCUGAGAUUCCCCAAAGGUCCGGAUCUGUACAUCACUAGCUGGCAGAGGAUGGGCGCCGACCGUGAAUGGUACAUUCCUGGAACUAGUACGCCUAACGCAACUGCAAUCCGGAGGGCGGCUUGGGUAAGCGAGGGUGGCAUCGUGGUUCUGCCCAGGGAAGAAGACAAAGAAGGGCAAGAAGGAGAGCCGUAUGAGGUUAUGCUCAGCCUUACCCAAGCCGAUAUGGAAAGGUUUGAGCAUGGUUUGCAGAGUGCAGGGUGGUUGGAACCUGAGGCAAAGCCGUCUGUUGGACAGGCGAGGGCGUCCUUGUAG